GCGCUUGAGGGCGUCAAUGCACACAAAUAAGACGUUACAGCCCGAUGGGUGUCCUUUGAAAAGUAUAGCCUACCGGUGAACUUCGAAUUCAGAUAACAAUCGUCCUGCUUCAUCGUCCUUGAAAUUAUAUAAACACUGAUGGUCCUCCAAAGCUCGGAUAUCAGACAACACAUAUACUAAGGAUUCCUUGCGUCAAGAUCGGCUGUUUGUGUCUAUCAUUUACCUUUCUUUUCUUGCAUUCACCAUACGUUUCAACCAUACGUUCUUACUAUACGUUUUAUUUUAUUUUUCCAUUAUGUCCGCGACAAAUCAGUACUUUCUUCCAGGGUUCGGCAUCUCGAGAGCGGUAAUCCAGUCUGAGAUACGAUACCACUGCGGGCCAGAUGCAAUCGUAAGACCUUAUACUCUCCAGGGCCGCGACGGAUUCCUUGUAACAGCUUCAGGGCCUCAGUUGACUAAGCAUCAAAUCGAAGACAUCAAAGCUGCUUCUCGACACUAUGAAGAGAAACAAUCUCGCCGAGCGGACGAAGUCGACGUUUUCGUUAAUCAACCAAUACAAGUCCACCAAAGAAUGCGAAGAUACUAAACAUACGUCAAUCAUGAUCCCAACUGUUGCAAGCGAAAUACGUGGAAUAAUUACGACGCUGGCGUUCGGCAGGAGAAAUUGCUAUUUAAUCGGUCUUCUGCUUUGUGAUUCUCGUUUUGAUAAAAUCGGAAACUUCGCGAAUCACGUUGAUUUUGUCCCCCAUCCCAGCACUCAGAACAUACGUCCUUGUUUUCCUUGCGAUUCGGGGGGAGUUAGACGGCGAAGAUCGGGGCCAUCCGGAGCCUCUGGGAUAACGGCCUGUGUCGGAUUUCUGUAUGGUGUUUUGUUGUUGAUAUAUCCUUUCAUAUCUCGGUUCUAUGUUUGUUGUAUGCUAUAUCGUAAUGCCAAAGCUCGCUAUUCGUAGGGCAAUGAUGCCUACGCUCGAAUCAUGCAUAAUUGGCUCUUUGUACGAC